AUGAAAAUGCCCAGUAUUAUUCAGAUUCAGUUUGUAGCCCUAAAAAGGCUUUUGGUAGAAACCAAAGAACAGAUGUGCUUCGCAGUGAAAAGUAUAUUUCAGAGAGUAUUUGCGUGGGUUAUGUCAUUAAGCUUGUUUUCAUGGUUUUAUGUAAAUCUUCAGAAUAUUUUGAUAAAAGCAUUAAGGGUAGGGCCAGUGCCUGAACAUGUCUCCUUUAUCAUGGAUGGUAACCGGAGAUAUGCCAAGUCAAGAAGGCUACCAGUAAAAAAAGGCCAUGAAGCUGGUGGGUUAACGUUACUAACACUACUGUAUAUCUGCAAAAGAUUGGGUGUAAAAUGUGUUUCCGCCUAUGCAUUUUCUAUUGAAAAUUUUAAUAGACCAAAAGAAGAAGUAGAUACGCUAAUGAAUUUGUUUACGGUAAAGCUUGAUGAAUUCGCAAAAAGAGCCAAGGACUAUAAGGAUCCCUUAUACGGAUCUAAAAUAAGAAUAGUAGGUGAUCAAUCUUUACUAUCUCCAGAAAUGAGAAAAAAAAUUAAAAAAGUGGAAGAAAUCACACAGGAUGGAGACGAUUUCACUUUAUUUAUAUGUUUUCCUUACACUUCAAGAAAUGAUAUGUUACAUACUAUUCGUGAUUCAGUUGAAGACCAUUUGGAAAAUAAAUCACCAAGGAUUAAUAUAAGAAAAUUUACUAAUAAAAUGUACAUGGGUUUCCAUUCCAAUAAAUGUGAAUUAUUAAUCAGAACAAGUGGGCAUAGGAGGCUCUCAGACUAUAUGCUAUGGCAAGUACAUGAAAAUGCCACCAUUGAAUUUAGUGAUACGUUGUGGCCAAAUUUUAGCUUCUUUGCUAUGUACCUGAUGAUUCUCAAAUGGUCCUUCUUUUCCACCAUUCAAAAAUAUAAUGAGAAGAAUCACUCAUUGUUUGAAAAAAUACAUGAAAGCGUUCCUUCAAUAUUUAAAAAAAAGAAAACAGCUAUGUCUUUGUACAACUUUCCAAACCCCCCCAUUUCAGUUUCGGUUACAGGAGAUGAAUAA